AUGACCCAUGCCAAUAUCGGUGGAGCGUCUUUAAAUCCGUAUGGUAAUCAAAGGUUACUUCAUAUUUCCAUUUUACAUUAUUAUCAGCAAAAUAGGCAAGCCUAUCUAGCGCAAUGCGUUACCGGCUCUACUCGUGAUAGGCCAACUUCUGAAGGUCAUACCGUGGACAAGGCCAUAACCCCCGGCGUUUUAGACGUUCAAGCUGAAGCCGCAGCAAGUGGGCUUCGAGAUCGUCGGGAGAAGAAAGGUCAAGAUGCCGCCGAGUCCCUACAGGAGAAGGGCAAAGGUGCAAUGGAAAAUCUAAAAAAAAAGGGGCAUGAUACGAUGGAGAACGUACAAGAGAAAGGUCGGGACUCCGCAAAGUCACUGCGCGAAAAGGGCCAGGAAACCGUGGAAAACUUGAAGGAAAAAGGAAAGGGUGCGGCGGAGAAUUUACAAAGGAAAAGUCAGGAUUUCGUCGAGUCUUCGCGUGAAAAGGUUCAGGAAACGGCGGAAAGUUUAAAGGAAAAGGGGGAGGACGCGGCGGAGAACUUGCAAAGGAAAAGUCAGGAUUUCGUCGAGUCCUCGCGUGAAAAGGGUCAAGAAGCGAUGGAAAGUAUGAAAGAAAAAGGACAAGGUAAAAUGGAUGACAUAAGGGAAAAAGGUCAAUAUUCACGUGAGAAGGUUCAAGACGCGAUGAAAAACUUGAAAGAAGAGGGUGAAGAGACGAUGGAUGAUGUACGACGGAAAAGCCUUUCUUCCCGUGAAAAGGGUCAGGAAGCGAUGAAAGAUUUGAAAGAGAAGGGACAAGAGACGACGGAGAACUUGAAAAAAACAAGUCAAGGUAUGAUGGAAAAUUUAAAGGAAAAGAGUCAAGAAAUAGCCGAAAGUGUCAUGGGCAAAGAUACGGUUGAAAGCGUUAAAGAGAAAAGUCAGGACGUGUUGGGUAUGAUGCGAGAAAAGGGUCAGCGAGCAUUUAAAACUAUGAAGGAGAAAGGGCAAGAUUUAAUGGAAAAUUUACAGGGGAAAGACGAUGUAAAAGAAACGACGGGAGAUGUGAAAGAGAAGGAUAAUGAAAAAUAUCGAAAAAGUGUUAGUAAAGAUCAAAACGCCAAGAUCGGCAUGAACGAGCAAACGGGCAAUUGGGAUACUAGAGCUUCCUCUGAAGAAAACAAUUUAGAGAAACUACGUUCAUCGGUUACGGGUAAAAACAGCAGCCGAUCAUCUAAAGAGAUCCACUGA